AGAAUUUUAGAAAAAAGCAGUAUAUUUACUAAUUCUACAUCAAGUUUUGAAGAAAAAUCGAACUCUAAUAAUAGUGAUAAAUCUGAAGAAAUUAUUUCUGAAAAUAAUGAUAAAGAAAAAGAUAGAAAAUGUAAAAUUAUUUUGAAAUAUUCUGAACAUACAAGUAAAAGACAAAGAGAGGAAAUUUCUGAAGAUGAGCAAGAAUAUCCUGAAGAUGAGGAAUAUGAACUGGAAAAGGAUGC